ACUGUGUAUCUUAAUCUUGUUUGAGGCAACACUCUUCAAAAUAGUUUUUCAGACUCGGCUGAAGUCCAGAUUCUUUUGGUGUAUGUGUUUAAAUUUUCCAAUGAAUGGGAAUAAAGCAAAUAUUCACUUAAAACCUCCAAUGUGUACUAGUACAGAUUUUUAUCCCCCAGUGAAGUCCAACUCAAGUCCUGUUCUGUUAGGCUGGCAGAAAAUGGCCGUUGUGAAGUCAACUAUGGUACCUCAAAUGCCUUUGGGUCACUUCAAAUCGGCUAUCCUGUUUAUCCAAAUUCAGUAAAAUAGUUUACAAAAGAGACAAAGUCCUGACAUCCUAGUGUCACUCCAAAAGCUAAUGUUCUUCCCGACAAAACAGACAUGCUUCCUGGCAGUUUCCCGAACAGCUUUAGUGAUGAACUUGGUGACUACCUGCAGAGUUGUCAGUAGUACAGGUGCUGUCGAUGGCUGCAGUCAACUCAAAAAAUUCCUCUCAAUGUAGAUAUCCAACACUUUUCACCUCAAUUAAACUCCAUUUAUCUAUUAGAACUCACUAUUAGCAAAGAAGAGAGGAAGGCAGGCGGGUAUUUGGUAGAUUAACCACAAGAUUAUUUCUGAAGGCCACGCUCCUGAAUCUAAAAAAAAUACCGCCUCCAUGCUCUUAUUAAAUAUUCACGUACAUUCUACAUAUAAAACAAUAUUCUUGCAAGAUGUCAAAUUUAUGUAAUUAUUUCAACAAUUUAAUUUUGCUAUCCUACUAUGAUUGGGUAAAGUCAGCGUAAGUAUGAAAGCCGCAUGUCACGCUACUUCCCUCAAAAUACGAUUGAGCACUGAACAUUAGAGAUGAAUGCCACACCCUGAAGGAGAAAGGACGUUUCUCCAUAAUUUCACCAACUCGGGUUUUCUUUUUAAAAAGAGCAGACUAGAGUCAGAAACGCCCGGUGGUCGGGAGCGAGCGUCUCCAGCACCACGCAGGCCACGGACUGCCACCCCGGCUCCGAGCCGGUCUCUCGCCUCCCGCUCAGGCUCCCAGGUUGCCGCCUCCGCCGCUGCGCCAGGCACGGUGGAGACUCGCCCCUGGAGGUGAUUGACAGGCAGUUUAUCCAAUAGUCAAGGCACUCGUCCCCGGCGGGUUGAGCAAGGGCUGAGGCUCGCGGAGGAAUCUCACUUGCCCUUUAGUCCCGGGCAAGGUGUUGCGGCCGGCGCCAUUUUCUCGAGUCACUUUUCUCGGGUGCCGCCAUGUUGGCGAGGAGAAAUCACCGUUACGGCCACUGUCCAAAUCCCCGUGUCGCCGCCCGCCGCCCGCCCGCUCCCACGCCUCAGCCACCAGCGGCGAAUAGAGACUAGAGCGGCAGCGCCGGCAGCGCGGGGCCGUUGCCCAGUGUUUGCAGUUAGAGCCCCAUCUCUCUGGCGUGGUUGUUAAUAGACUGGAAAGUCUGUGUCUGUGUCGCUCACUAGUAACCGUGAGUUUUUACCACUUCGUCACCUGUCGGCGGCGGCCGGGAGCAGGUACCCGCAGGCGGCGCAGGGGUCCUCCCCGCGCCCCGCCGCCGCCGGCCUCCAGACCUGCCCUCCAGCCCCGCCCCGUUCUUGACCAAACAUGACAGACUGUGAACAUGCAGGGCACGACAGAGAAGAUGGUGAGUUAGAAGAUGGUGAAAUUGAUGAUGCAGGAAUUGAAGAAACACAAGAACAGGAAGCAAAAGAGAACGAAAAGCAGAAAAAUGAGAAAGCCUACAGAAAAUCAAGGAAAAAACACAAGAAAGAAAGAGAGAAGAAAAAAUCCAAAAGGAGAAAACGUGAGAAACAUAAGCACAGUUCUCCUAGUGAUGAUAGUUCAAACUACAGCCUUGAUUCAGAUAUUGAACAUACAGGAAGUUCCCAUAAAAAAAGAACUGGUUUCUACAGAGAUUACGACAUUCCAUUUUCUCAGGUAUUGCCUUUUUUAUUGUGA